AUGGCGGCCUCUCGUGUUCCCGUGGCCCUCAUCGGCGUCGGCGGUGUCGGCAAGGCGAUUCUGCAGCAGCUCCUCUCCGCCCCCCUGGCGUCCAAGUUCAACGUUGUGCUUGUUGCCAACUCGCGUCUUUCGCUCUCGCUUCCGCUCCCGAACAACGCGCCGCUCACCGAGGGCAACCUCGCCCCCAUUCUCGAGCAGCACGGACAGGCGCUCGACGUGACCUCGGUCAUCUCGCUCCUCGCCAACCACCCCGACGGCAAGGGUGUGCUCAUCGACUCGACCGGCUCGGACGUCGUUCCCUCCCUCUACCCGACCAUGCUGGCGCACGGCGUCCACAUUGUCACUCCCAACAAGAAGGGCUUGUCGGGCGCUUCGUCGCUCUACGACGCCAUCCAGGCUGCCUCUUACCCUAACUCCAAGGCGCUCAUUUACGGCGAGUCGACUGUCGGCGCUGGCCUCCCCAUCCUCUCGACCCUCAAGGACCUCGUUGGGACUGGCGACGAGAUUGAGCGCAUCGAGGGCGUCUUCUCCGGUACCCUCUCGUACAUUUUCAACGAGUACUCGAAGCCCGAGGGCAGCAAUGUCAAGUUCUCCGAGGUCGUUCAGAUCGCCAAGAACCUUGGUUACACCGAGCCUGACCCGCGUGACGACCUCAGUGGCACCGAUGUCGCACGCAAGCUCUGUAUUCUUGCGCGUCUUUGCCCCGGCGCUCCGGUUCUUCCCGAGGGCGCGUUCAGCGUCCCCACCGAGUCGCUUGUCCCCCCCGUCCUCACCGACGCCAAGGACAAGGACGAGUACCUCUCCCGCCUUGCCGAGGGUGACGAGCACUUUGCCAAGCUUCGCGCCGAGGCCGAGAAGGAGGGCAAGGUCGUGCGUUACGUUGGUGUCAUCGACCUCAAGGCCGGCAAGGUCGAGUGCAAGCUCGGCAAGUACGACAAGGACCACGCGUUUGCUACCGCCCUCAAGGGCUCGGACAACAUUAUCUCGUUCUCCACCAAGCGCUACUCGCCCCGCCCUCUUCUUAUCCAGGGCGCCGGUGCCGGUGCCGACGUGACGGCCAUGGGCUGCACUUCCGACCUCCUCAAGGUCUACGAGCGCAUCCGCUACUAA